CCUAUUUAAAUAACCUUUGCCCAUUUAUUUACACCAGUCCAAAUCUGUUUUUUAGAAUAAAAUCCCAAACUUAAGAAUACAACAACGGAUAUUUUAGCAUCUGGGAUUGAUUUGGGGAUUUGGGGGCUGAGAGAGCGCGAUGAGAUUAAAGAUCUCAGAAGGGAUUCAAGACCCAUUCAGGCGCUCAAUUCAUAUAGGGUUAGUUUUUUGCUUUAACUUUGCUUCCGCUGAGUUUUCUGUUGCUGUGCUGUAGCAGAGGCCAAGGACUCUCUGUGGUGACCUUAGGUCAGAUCCAAUUGCUUAAUGGGUGGAAUUAUAAGACCUAGAGAAAUCAAGUAGAGUUUUACCUUUCCAUGCACCAAAAUAUGGACCUCUGUCUGAUUGAAGAACAGCCACUUGAGCUGGACACAGACAGCACUGAAGAGGAUAGGAAGUACUACAAGGAGUGGUACCAAUGCAACAGGAAGGCCAAGAAUGUAAUUAGGAGCACGAUGUCCAACACUGUUAGAGGGUCAAUAGUAGAACCAGACCUAGCUAUGGACUUUUUGGAAGCUAUUGCUGACAAAUACAGGGAAAGUCAUAAGGCUGAAGAGCUAGGCUCUCUAAGAGGUUCAAUGAGCUGAAAUUUUCUGGCAGUGGGAGUGUGAGAGAACAUAUUAUGGAGCUGAUAGAGAUCAAUGCUAGGUUGAGGGACAUGGGGAUGGGAGUUAAUGAUGAACAGGUUGUUCAUGUAGCACUGUUUUCCUUGCCAAGUGACUAUAGUAACCUCAGAACCUCCUAUAAUGCAACUGAGUCUAAAUGGGACCUCAACAAACUUAUUUCAAUUUGUGUGGAUGAAGAGGAUAGAGUUAAGAAGGAGAAAGAACCCACUAAAGCAGUGAACUUGGUUGAAAAACCCAAGUGGAAGAAACAUAACAAGCUUAAGUUGAAGAAGACAACCAAUACUAAAGUUUCUGGGAAACCUGCAGACUCAAAGGCUGCAAAGCCAUUCAAGUUUAAGUGUUACUUCUGCAAGAAGGUUGGACACAUGAAGAAAGAGUGCAGCGGGUUCAAAGCUUGGAUGAUUAAGAAGGGGUUUAACAAACAGGAGGGUGCCAAGGAGUGAUGAGGUCCAUGUCUGUGUAGGCAAUGGGAUGAGGGUAGCUGUGAAAGCAAUUGGAACCUUGAAGCUAGAUGAUUAGGAAAAUUUUUGA